GAUAGUUGGAGGUGAAGACGCUCCAGCUGGAAGUUGGCCCUGGCAGGUUAGUCUGCAGAGAUUUGGCGGCCAUGUUUGCGGUGGUUCUCUCAUCAACAGAGAGUGGGUGAUGUCUGCUGCUCACUGCUUCUCCAGUCCAAGUACGUCUGGAUGGCAGAUUUCUCUCGGUCGUCAGAACCUGCAGGGCGACAACCCAAACGAAGUGUCCAGAUCUGUUUCCAAAAUCAUUUUGCAUCCAAACUAUGACAGCGACACCAGCGACAACGACAUUGCUCUGCUCAGACUCUCCUCACCAGUCAAAUUCACAGACUACAUCAGACCUGUGUGUCUGGCAGCAAGUGACAGUGUGUUCAACAACGGUACUGAUAGCUGGGUCACUGGUUGGGGCGCUGUCCAGGAGGGGGUGUCAUUACCGUUCCCUGAAACUCUACAAGAAGUGGAGGUGCCAGUUCUUGGAAACAGACAGUGUAACUGUCUGAAUGGAGUCGGUACAGUCACAGACAACAUGAUCUGUGCUGGUGUUCUGGCAGGAGGCAAGGACUCAUGUCAGGGUGACUCAGGAGGACCGAUGGUCAGCCAACAGGGCUCCGUGUGGAUCCAGUCUGGAGUUGUCAGUUUUGGUUUUGGCUGUGCUCGGCCCAAUCUGCCAGGAGUCUACUCCAGAGUGUCCAGAUACCAGUCCUGGAUCAACUCCCACAUCAGCUCUGAUAAGCCAGGCUUUGUCCAGUUCACCUCCAGUGGGCUGGAUGCUGACAGCAUCUACACCUGUCCUGGUCUACCACCUCCAGUUGUUACUACUACUGCUCCUCCUAAAACUACUACUUCUGCAGGACCAGAAGUUAUAACCGCAACUUUACCAUCCACUGAUGCAAGUGCGGAAUUGUGUGGCAUCACUCCCCUCAACACCAGGAUAGUUGGAGGUGAAGACGCUCCAGCUGGAAGUUGGCCCUGGCAGGUUAGUCUGCAGAGAUUUGGCGGCCAUGUUUGCGGUGGUUCUCUCAUCAACAGAGAGUGGGUGAUGUCUGCUGCUCACUGCUUCUCCAGUCCAAGUACGUCUGGAUGGCAGAUUUCUCUCGGUCGUCAGAACCUGCAGGGCGACAACCCAAACGAAGUGUCCAGAUCUGUUUCCAAAAUCAUUUUGCAUCCAAACUAUGACAGCGACACCAGCGACAACGACAUUGCUCUGCUCAGACUCUCCUCACCAGUCAAAUUCACAGACUACAUCAGACCUGUGUGUCUGGCAGCAAGUGACAGUGUGUUCAACAACGGUACUGAUAGCUGGGUCACUGGUUGGGGCGCUGUCCAGGAGGGGGUGUCAUUACCGUUCCCUGAAACUCUACAAGAAGUGGAGGUGCCAGUUCUUGGAAACAGACAGUGUAACUGUCUGAAUGGAGUCGGUACAGUCACAGACAACAUGAUCUGUGCUGGUGUUCUGGCAGGAGGCAAGGACUCAUGUCAGGUAGGCUGCUUUGUUUCAUUUGUCACUUGUUGGUCACUGUGUUUAGGAAGUUUAAAAUCCUCAGACAUCUCCUCUCCAUCUCCUCAGGGUGACUCAGGAGGACCGAUGGUCAGCCAACAGGGCUCCGUGUGGAUCCAGUCUGGAGUUGUCAGUUUUGGUUUUGGCUGUGCUCGGCCCAAUCUGCCAGGAGUCUACUCCAGAGUGUCCAGAUACCAGUCCUGGAUCAACUCCCACAUCAGCUCUGAUAAGCCAGGCUUUGUCCAGUUCACCUCCAGUGGGCUGGAUGCUGACAGCAUCUACACCUGUCCUGGUCUACCACCUCCAGUUGUUACUACUACUGCUCCUCCUAAAACUACUACUUCUGCAGGACCAGAAGUUAUAACCGCAACUUUACCAUCCACUGAUGCAAGUGCGGAAUUGUGUGGCAUCACUCCCCUCAACACCAGGAUAGUUGGAGGUGAAGACGCUCCAGCUGGAAGUUGGCCCUGGCAGGUUAGUCUGCAGAGAUUUGGCGGCCAUGUUUGCGGUGGUUCUCUCAUCAACAGAGAGUGGGUGAUGUCUGCUGCUCACUGCUUCUCCAGUCCAAGUACGUCUGGAUGGCAGAUUUCUCUCGGUCGUCAGAACCUGCAGGGCGACAACCCAAACGAAGUGUCCAGAUCUGUUUCCAAAAUCAUUUUGCAUCCAAACUAUGACAGCGACACCAGCGACAACGACAUUGCUCUGCUCAGACUCUCCUCACCAGUCAAAUUCACAGACUACAUCAGACCUGUGUGUCUGGCAGCAAGUGACAGUGUGUUCAACAACGGUACUGAUAGCUGGGUCACUGGUUGGGGCGCUGUCCAGGAGGGGGUGUCAUUACCGUUCCCUGAAACUCUACAAGAAGUGGAGGUGCCAGUUCUUGGAAACAGACAGUGUAACUGUCUGAAUGGAGUCGGUACAGUCACAGACAACAUGAUCUGUGCUGGUGUUCUGGCAGGAGGCAAGGACUCAUGUCAGGGUGACUCAGGAGGACCGAUGGUCAGCCAACAGGGCUCCGUGUGGAUCCAGUCUGGAGUUGUCAGUUUUGGUUUUGGCUGUGCUCGGCCCAAUCUGCCAGGAGUCUACUCCAGAGUGUCCAGAUACCAGUCCUGGAUCAACUCCCACAUCAGCUCUGAUAAGCCAGGCUUUGUCCAGUUCACCUCCAGUGGGCUGGAUGCUGACAGCAUCUACACCUGUCCUGGUCUACCACCUCCAGUUGUUACUACUACUGCUCCUCCUAAAACUACUACUUCUGCAGGACCAGAAGUUAUAACCGCAACUUUACCAUCCACUGAUGCAAGUGCGGAAUUGUGUGGCAUCACUCCCCUCAACACCAGGAUAGUUGGAGGUGAAGACGCUCCAGCUGGAAGUUGGCCCUGGCAGGUUAGUCUGCAGAGAUUUGGCGGCCAUGUUUGCGGUGGUUCUCUCAUCAACAGAGAGUGGGUGAUGUCUGCUGCUCACUGCUUCUCCAGUCCAAGUACGUCUGGAUGGCAGAUUUCUCUCGGUCGUCAGAACCUGCAGGGCGACAACCCAAACGAAGUGUCCAGAUCUGUUUCCAAAAUCAUUUUGCAUCCAAACUAUGACAGCGACACCAGCGACAACGACAUUGCUCUGCUCAGACUCUCCUCACCAGUCAAAUUCACAGACUACAUCAGACCUGUGUGUCUGGCAGCAAGUGACAGUGUGUUCAACAACGGUACUGAUAGCUGGGUCACUGGUUGGGGCGCUGUCCAGGAGGGGGUGUCAUUACCGUUCCCUGAAACUCUACAAGAAGUGGAGGUGCCAGUUCUUGGAAACAGACAGUGUAACUGUCUGAAUGGAGUCGGUACAGUCACAGACAACAUGAUCUGUGCUGGUGUUCUGGCAGGAGGCAAGGACUCAUGUCAGGGUGACUCAGGAGGACCGAUGGUCAGCCAACAGGGCUCCGUGUGGAUCCAGUCUGGAGUUGUCAGUUUUGGUUUUGGCUGUGCUCGGCCCAAUCUGCCAGGAGUCUACUCCAGAGUGUCCAGAUACCAGUCCUGGAUCAACUCCCACAUCAGCUCUGAUAAGCCAGGCUUUGUCCAGUUCACCUCCAGUGGGCUGGAUGCUGACAGCAUCUACACCUGUCCUGGUCUACCACCUCCAGUUGUUACUACUACUGCUCCUCCUAAAACUACUACUUCUGCAGGACCAGAAGUUAUAACCGCAACUUUACCAUCCACUGAUGCAAGUGCGGAAUUGUGUGGCAUCACUCCCCUCAACACCAGGAUAGUUGGAGGUGAAGACGCUCCAGCUGGAAGUUGGCCCUGGCAGGUUAGUCUGCAGAGAUUUGGCGGCCAUGUUUGCGGUGGUUCUCUCAUCAACAGAGAGUGGGUGAUGUCUGCUGCUCACUGCUUCUCCAGUCCAAGUACGUCUGGAUGGCAGAUUUCUCUCGGUCGUCAGAACCUGCAGGGCGACAACCCAAACGAAGUGUCCAGAUCUGUUUCCAAAAUCAUUUUGCAUCCAAACUAUGACAGCGACACCAGCGACAACGACAUUGCUCUGCUCAGACUCUCCUCACCAGUCAAAUUCACAGACUACAUCAGACCUGUGUGUCUGGCAGCAAGUGACAGUGUGUUCAACAACGGUACUGAUAGCUGGGUCACUGGUUGGGGCGCUGUCCAGGAGGGGGUGUCAUUACCGUUCCCUGAAACUCUACAAGAAGUGGAGGUGCCAGUUCUUGGAAACAGACAGUGUAACUGUCUGAAUGGAGUCGGUACAGUCACAGACAACAUGAUCUGUGCUGGUGUUCUGGCAGGAGGCAAGGACUCAUGUCAGGUAGGCUGCUUUGUUUCAUUUGUCACUUGUUGGUCACUGUGUUUAGGAAGUUUAAAAUCCUCAGACAUCUCCUCUCCAUCUCCUCAGGGUGACUCAGGAGGACCGAUGGUCAGCCAACAGGGCUCCGUGUGGAUCCAGUCUGGAGUUGUCAGUUUUGGUUUUGGCUGUGCUCGGCCCAAUCUGCCAGGAGUCUACUCCAGAGUGUCCAGAUACCAGUCCUGGAUCAACUCCCACAUCAGCUCUGAUAAGCCAGGCUUUGUCCAGUUCACCUCCAGUGGGCUGGAUGCUGACAGCAUCUACACCUGUCCUGGUCUACCACCUCCAGUUGUUACUACUACUGCUCCUCCUAAAACUACUACUUCUGCAGGACCAGAAGUUAUAACCGCAACUUUACCAUCCACUGAUGCAAGUGCGGAAUUGUGUGGCAUCACUCCCCUCAACACCAGGAUAGUUGGAGGUGAAGACGCUCCAGCUGGAAGUUGGCCCUGGCAGGUUAGUCUGCAGAGAUUUGGCGGCCAUGUUUGCGGUGGUUCUCUCAUCAACAGAGAGUGGGUGAUGUCUGCUGCUCACUGCUUCUCCAGUCCAAGUACGUCUGGAUGGCAGAUUUCUCUCGGUCGUCAGAACCUGCAGGGCGACAACCCAAACGAAGUGUCCAGAUCUGUUUCCAAAAUCAUUUUGCAUCCAAACUAUGACAGCGACACCAGCGACAACGACAUUGCUCUGCUCAGACUCUCCUCACCAGUCAAAUUCACAGACUACAUCAGACCUGUGUGUCUGGCAGCAAGUGACAGUGUGUUCAACAACGGUACUGAUAGCUGGGUCACUGGUUGGGGCGCUGUCCAGGAGGGGGUGUCAUUACCGUUCCCUGAAACUCUACAAGAAGUGGAGGUGCCAGUUCUUGGAAACAGACAGUGUAACUGUCUGAAUGGAGUCGGUACAGUCACAGACAACAUGAUCUGUGCUGGUGUUCUGGCAGGAGGCAAGGACUCAUGUCAGGGUGACUCAGGAGGACCGAUGGUCAGCCAACAGGGCUCCGUGUGGAUCCAGUCUGGAGUUGUCAGUUUUGGUUUUGGCUGUGCUCGGCCCAAUCUGCCAGGAGUCUACUCCAGAGUGUCCAGAUACCAGUCCUGGAUCAACUCCCACAUCAGCUCUGAUAAGCCAGGCUUUGUCCAGUUCACCUCCAGUGGGCUGGAUGCUGACAGCAUCUACACCUGUCCUGGUCUACCACCUCCAGUUGUUACUACUACUGCUCCUCCUAAAACUACUACUUCUGCAGGACCAGAAGUUAUAACCGCAACUUUACCAUCCACUGAUGCAAGUGCGGAAUUGUGUGGCAUCACUCCCCUCAACACCAGGAUAGUUGGAGGUGAAGACGCUCCAGCUGGAAGUUGGCCCUGGCAGGUUAGUCUGCAGAGAUUUGGCGGCCAUGUUUGCGGUGGUUCUCUCAUCAACAGAGAGUGGGUGAUGUCUGCUGCUCACUGCUUCUCCAGUCCAAGUACGUCUGGAUGGCAGAUUUCUCUCGGUCGUCAGAACCUGCAGGGCGACAACCCAAACGAAGUGUCCAAAUCUGUUUCCAAAAUCAUUUUGCAUCCAAACUAUGACAGCGACACCAGCGACAACGACAUUGCUCUGCUCAGACUCUCCUCACCAGUCAAAUUCACAGACUACAUCAGACCUGUGUGUCUGGCAGCAAGUGACAGUGUGUUCAACAACGGUACUGAUAGCUGGGUCACUGGUUGGGGCGCUGUCCAGGAGGGGGUGUCAUUACCGUUCCCUGAAACUCUACAAGAAGUGGAGGUGCCAGUUCUUGGAAACAGACAGUGUAACUGUCUGAAUGGAGUCGGUACAGUCACAGACAACAUGAUCUGUGCUGGUGUUCUGGCAGGAGGCAAGGACUCAUGUCAGGGUGACUCAGGAGGACCGAUGGUCAGCCAACAGGGCUCCGUGUGGAUCCAGUCUGGAGUUGUCAGUUUUGGUUUUGGCUGUGCUCGGCCCAAUCUGCCAGGAGUCUACUCCAGAGUGUCCAGAUACCAGUCCUGGAUCAACUCCCACAUCAGCUCUGAUAAGCCAGGCUUUGUCCAGUUCACCUCCAGUGGGCUGGAUGCUGACAGCAUCUACACCUGUCCUGGUCUACCACCUCCAGUUGUUACUACUACUGCUCCUCCUAAAACUACUACUUCUGCAGGACCAGAAGUUAUAACCGCAACUUUACCAUCCACUGAUGCAAGUGCGGAAUUGUGUGGCAUCACUCCCCUCAACACCAGGAUAGUUGGAGGUGAAGACGCUCCAGCUGGAAGUUGGCCCUGGCAGGUUAGUCUGCAGAGAUUUGGCGGCCAUGUUUGCGGUGGUUCUCUCAUCAACAGAGAGUGGGUGAUGUCUGCUGCUCACUGCUUCUCCAGUCCAAGUACGUCUGGAUGGCAGAUUUCUCUCGGUCGUCAGAACCUGCAGGGCGACAACCCAAACGAAGUGUCCAGAUCUGUUUCCAAAAUCAUUUUGCAUCCAAACUAUGACAGCGACACCAGCGACAACGACAUUGCUCUGCUCAGACUCUCCUCACCAGUCAAAUUCACAGACUACAUCAGACCUGUGUGUCUGGCAGCAAGUGACAGUGUGUUCAACAACGGUACUGAUAGCCGGGUCACUGGUUGGGGCGCUGUCCAGGAGGGGGUGUCAUUACCGUUCCCUGAAACUCUACAAGAAGUGGAGGUGCCAGUUCUUGGAAACAGACAGUGUAACUGUCUGAAUGGAGUCGGUACAGUCACAGACAACAUGAUCUGUGCUGGUGUUCUGGCAGGAGGCAAGGACUCAUGUCAGGUAGGCUGCUUUGUUUCAUUUGUCACUUGUUGGUCACUGUGUUUAGGAAGUUUAAAAUCCUCAGACAUCUCCUCUCCAUCUCCUCAGGGUGACUCAGGAGGACCGAUGGUCAGCCAACAGGGCUCCGUGUGGAUCCAGUCUGGAGUUGUCAGUUUUGGUUUUGGCUGUGCUCGGCCCAAUCUGCCAGGAGUCUACUCCAGAGUGUCCAGAUACCAGUCCUGGAUCAACUCCCACAUCAGCUCUGAUAAGCCAGGCUUUGUCCAGUUCACCUCCAGUGGGCUGGAUGCUGACAGCAUCUACACCUGUCCUGGUCUACCACCUCCAGUUGUUACUACUACUGCUCCUCCUAAAACUACUACUUCUGCAGGACCAGAAGUUAUAACCGCAACUUUACCAUCCACUGAUGCAAGUGCGGAAUUGUGUGGCAUCACUCCCCUCAACACCAGGAUAGUUGGAGGUGAAGACGCUCCAGCUGGAAGUUGGCCCUGGCAGGUUAGUCUGCAGAGAUUUGGCGGCCAUGUUUGCGGUGGUUCUCUCAUCAACAGAGAGUGGGUGAUGUCUGCUGCUCACUGCUUCUCCAGUCCAAGUACGUCUGGAUGGCAGAUUUCUCUCGGUCGUCAGAACCUGCAGGGCGACAACCCAAACGAAGUGUCCAAAUCUGUUUCCAAAAUCAUUUUGCAUCCAAACUAUGACAGCGACACCAGCGACAACGACAUUGCUCUGCUCAGACUCUCCUCACCAGUCAAAUUCACAGACUACAUCAGACCUGUGUGUCUGGCAGCAAGUGACAGUGUGUUCAACAACGGUACUGAUAGCUGGGUCACUGGUUGGGGCGCUGUCCAGGAGGGGGUGUCAUUACCGUUCCCUGAAACUCUACAAGAAGUGGAGGUGCCAGUUCUUGGAAACAGACAGUGUAACUGUCUGAAUGGAGUCGGUACAGUCACAGACAACAUGAUCUGUGCUGGUGUUCUGGCAGGAGGCAAGGACUCAUGUCAGGGUGACUCAGGAGGACCGAUGGUCAGCCAACAGGGCUCCGUGUGGAUCCAGUCUGGAGUUGUCAGUUUUGGUUUUGGCUGUGCUCGGCCCAAUCUGCCAGGAGUCUACUCCAGAGUGUCCAGAUACCAGUCCUGGAUCAACUCCCACAUCAGCUCUGAUAAGCCAGGCUUUGUCCAGUUCACCUCCAGUGGGCUGGAUGCUGACAGCAUCUACACCUGUCCUGGUCUACCACCUCCAGUUGUUACUACUACUGCUCCUCCUAAAACUACUACUUCUGCAGGACCAGAAGUUAUAACCGCAACUUUACCAUCCACUGAUGCAAGUGCGGAAUUGUGUGGCAUCACUCCCCUCAACACCAGGAUAGUUGGAGGUGAAGACGCUCCAGCUGGAAGUUGGCCCUGGCAGGUUAGUCUGCAGAGAUUUGGCGGCCAUGUUUGCGGUGGUUCUCUCAUCAACAGAGAGUGGGUGAUGUCUGCUGCUCACUGCUUCUCCAGUCCAAGUACGUCUGGAUGGCAGAUUUCUCUCGGUCGUCAGAACCUGCAGGGCGACAACCCAAACGAAGUGUCCAGAUCUGUUUCCAAAAUCAUUUUGCAUCCAAACUAUGACAGCGACACCAGCGACAACGACAUUGCUCUGCUCAGACUCUCCUCACCAGUCAAAUUCACAGACUACAUCAGACCUGUGUGUCUGGCAGCAAGUGACAGUGUGUUCAACAACGGUACUGAUAGCUGGGUCACUGGUUGGGGCGCUGUCCAGGAGGGGGUGUCAUUACCGUUCCCUGAAACUCUACAAGAAGUAGAGGUGCCAGUUCUUGGAAACAGACAGUGUAACUGUCUGAAUGGAGUCGGUACAGUCACAGACAACAUGAUCUGUGCUGGUGUUCUGGCAGGAGGCAAGGACUCAUGUCAGGGUGACUCAGGAGGACCGAUGGUCAGCCAACAGGGCUCCGUGUGGAUCCAGUCUGGAGUUGUCAGUUUUGGUUUUGGCUGUGCUCGGCCCAAUCUGCCAGGAGUCUACUCCAGAGUGUCCAGAUACCAGUCCUGGAUCAACUCCCACAUCAGCUCUGAUAAGCCAGGCUUUGUCCAGUUCACCUCCAGUGGGCUGGAUGCUGACAGCAUCUACACCUGUCCUGGUCUACCACCUCCAGUUGUUACUACUACUGCUCCUCCUAAAACUACUACUUCUGCAGGACCAGAAGUUAUAACCGCAACUUUACCAUCCACUGAUGCAAGUGCGGAAUUGUGUGGCAUCACUCCCCUCAACACCAGGAUAGUUGGAGGAGAAGACGCUCCAGCUGGAAGUUGGCCCUGGCAGGUUAGUCUGCAGAGAUUCGGCGGCCAUGUUUGCGGUGGUUCUCUCAUCAACAGAGAGUGGGUGAUGUCUGCUGCUCACUGCUUCUCCAGUCCAAGUACGUCUGGAUGGCAGAUUUCUCUCGGUCGUCAGAACCUGCAGGGCGACAACCCAAACGAAGUGUCCAGAUCUGUUUCCAAAAUCAUUUUGCAUCCAAACUAUGACAGCGACACCAGCGACAACGACAUUGCUCUGCUCAGACUCUCCUCACCAGUCAAAUUCACAGACUACAUCAGACCUGUGUGUCUGGCAGCAAGUGACAGUGUGUUCAACAACGGUACUGAUAGCUGGGUCACUGGUUGGGGCGCUGUCCAGGAGGGGGUGUCAUUACCGUUCCCUGAAACUCUACAAGAAGUGGAGGUGCCAGUUCUUGGAAACAGACAGUGUAACUGUCUGAAUGGAGUCGGUACAGUCACAGACAACAUGAUCUGUGCUGGUGUUCUGGCAGGAGGCAAGGACUCAUGUCAGGGUGACUCAGGAGGACCGAUGGUCAGCCAACAGGGCUCCGUGUGGAUCCAGUCUGGAGUUGUCAGUUUUGGUUUUGGCUGUGCUCGGCCCAAUCUGCCAGGAGUCUACUCCAGAGUGUCCAGAUACCAGUCCUGGAUCAACUCCCACAUCAGCUCUGAUAAGCCAGGCUUUGUCCAGUUCACCUCCAGUGGGCUGGAUGCUGACAGCAUCUACACCUGUCCUGGUCUACCACCUCCAGUUGUUACUACUACUGCUCCUCCUAAAACUACUACUUCUGCAGGACCAGAAGUUAUAACCGCAACUUUACCAUCCACUGAUGCAAGUGCGGAAUUGUGUGGCAUCACUCCCCUCAACACCAGGAUAGUUGGAGGUGAAGACGCUCCAGCUGGAAGUUGGCCCUGGCAGGUUAGUCUGCAGAGAUUUGGCGGCCAUGUUUGCGGUGGUUCUCUCAUCAACAGAGAGUGGGUGAUGUCUGCUGCUCACUGCUUCUCCAGUCCAAGUACGUCUGGAUGGCAGAUUUCUCUCGGUCGUCAGAACCUGCAGGGCGACAACCCAAACGAAGUGUCCAGAUCUGUUUCCAAAAUCAUUUUGCAUCCAAACUAUGACAGCGACACCAGCGACAACGACAUUGCUCUGCUCAGACUCUCCUCACCAGUCAAAUUCACAGACUACAUCAGACCUGUGUGUCUGGCAGCAAGUGACAGUGUGUUCAACAACGGUACUGAUAGCUGGGUCACUGGUUGGGGCGCUGUCCAGGAGGGGGUGUCAUUACCGUUCCCUGAAACUCUACAAGAAGUGGAGGUGCCAGUUCUUGGAAACAGACAGUGUAACUGUCUGAAUGGAGUCGGUACAGUCACAGACAACAUGAUCUGUGCUGGUGUUCUGGCAGGAGGCAAGGACUCAUGUCAGGGUGACUCAGGAGGACCGAUGGUCAGCCAACAGGGCUCCGUGUGGAUCCAGUCUGGAGUUGUCAGUUUUGGUUUUGGCUGUGCUCGGCCCAAUCUGCCAGGAGUCUACUCCAGAGUGUCCAGAUACCAGUCCUGGAUCAACUCCCACAUCAGCUCUGAUAAGCCAGGCUUUGUCCAGUUCACCUCCAGUGGGCUGGAUGCUGACAGCACCUACACCUGUCCUGGUCUACCACCUUCCACAACACUUUCACCAACAUUAAAACCAAUUACUCCUCCAGUACCUGCAACCAGUCCUACAAGAUCAGUGUGUGGCAAAGCUCCCAUGAACAGUCGUGUGGAAGGGGACAGUGGACUUGUACCCAGUGGAACGUGGCCCUGGAUGGUCAGUUUACACAAAAAUGGUGUCUACACUUGUGGAGGAACCCUCAUUGCAGACAACUUUGUCCUAACAUCUGCCCAAUGCUUCUCAAGUCCCAAUCUAGAUGUCAAUGAGUGGAGCCUGUUUGUGGGCCAGCGACUUGUGAAUGGUGUUGAAGAGUUUGAGAUGUCUCUGGGCAUUGUGGACAUCAAAGUGAGCAAAAGUGCAAGUUCCAAUAUUGCGCUGUUGCAGCUGGCUAAACCUGUCAGCUACAAAGAUUAUAUCCAGCCAGUGUGUGUGGACAUUAGCAACACCAGAUCCUUCCCCGCUGGAACUCAGUGCUGGGUAGCAGGCUGGGAAAAGGGGAGCAAGAGCACAGGCACUCUUAAGGCUGGCUCAGGUCUGCGGGACCUUGAAACUCAAGUGGCAAGUUGUGAAAGUGUUUCUGAUUCAGAGAACAUUUGCACUUACGCCAUGGAUCUUCAACCGGGAGAUCAGGGCGGCCCUCUGCUGUGCAAGUCCGACUCGUCUUGGUUCCAGGCGGCCGUUGUAUCAAUAAGUGGAGGAAAAUCAGCCCGAGCUGAUCUUCAGGUCUUUGCCAAAGCGUCAACAUUUGGGUCUUUCUUAAAGGAGAUAGUUGGAGACAUGCCAGCUCCUGAAACAACUACCACAGGAAAUGCACCAAGUUUUGCAAUUUCCUCAUUCCUCUUUAUCACUGUACCCAUUACCUCAGUGUUCCUGUUGUCAUGAUGUUAGUUACUACAGUGGUUGAAUGGUUUAUUAUUGCACAGUCAGGUUGUAUGACAGCUUUAAACACUGUUCUCUCUCUAUGGAUGCACUUAAGAUUCUCAGGCCAAUAUGUGACAGAGUCAAACAAAAUGUUCCAACAAAGAUAUAUUUUUAUAUCAAAAAAGGGUAUUUUUUUCCUGUGUUUUUACUAGAAAUGACUUGUACAUGGGGAUCGCUUUCUCAAACUCAAUCCAGUUAAAUGAAGAACAACUUUUGUUAUUUAUUAGGUGUUCCAUUAUACCUGUUUCUUCCUACAAACAAAUUUGAUGAUGACUCAUAUGAAGUGAAAUUGCAAAUUAAAUGUAAUUUUGAUCACAUGCAUAUAAUAAAUCCUGAUGAAGCAUAAAA